AUGUCGACCGCCGUGUGGCCGCCCAUCGGUGCCGCCCAGCUGGCCAGCGAGCAGACAAAGUCGCAGCAGCGCGAGCUCGAGUGGCUGCUCGUCCAGCUCCGGGAGACGCUGCAGUCGCUCAAGGCCGGCCUCGAGGAGUGCGCUGCGCUGCUGGCACCCUCCGAGCACGGCUCGACGCUGGUGCUGACCUCGGUGCGGUCAGAAAGCCUCAAGGGCCUCGUUGCUCGCGUCGGCACGCGCAUCGUCAAGGGCAACGUCAAGCUGCGCAUCGCAAGCCUGCCUCCUCCCCGCGGCUCGCAGACCUACGAUGUCGCCAUCUCCUCUGCACCCACCGCGCCCACACUCGUCGUCCCCCAGCUCACCUCGGUGCGCACAUCGAUCAACAGCUGCCUCGAUGCCAUCGAUGUAGUCUCCUGGGGCGGCGACGCGACCAACGCCAAUUUCGUCGCCGGCCAGCUGCAAUUGCUGCACGACCACAUCCUCGAAGCGCGCCAGGCACUGAAGGGCUACUCCGACGUGCAGAUGCCGUGGUGGGAGACUCCCGUCGACGAAAACAUCUUCGACCCUCCGCUGCCCUCGAAUGUCUCCUUCCACAUGUUUGUCUUCGAUGCCGCCCUCUGCCUUGAGAUCCGCACACUCGAACCCAAACACGAAGAAGAGCCGGCGUCAUUCACAGGCUUCAACUUCCGCGACCGGCUGUCCUCAGCCCUCGGCGGCACACGCACACCCCUUCACGACGAAGCAGACAAAGUGUACAAGUACAAAGGCCAGGACGUCCGCGUCAAGGAGAAGAUCCGCGUCGAAACCCAGGACCCGGCCCUCAUAUCGGCGUCGGCCAAGCUGAACGCGCUCGAACACAGCCUGAUGUUGAGCCGCAAGGCGCUCGAUAUCGUGAUGGGACGCGACGAGCCGUAG